AUGCAACAACUCAAUCGUCAGCAGAAGGACCGGGAGAAGAACUUCCAGAAUUGCCAGCGAGUGCUCUUAUGUCUCCAGGCUUUUAUUGGUUUGCAAUUAGUUCUUACAAGUAUUUUCGGGUCUACUGUAAACUUCUAUCUGUUCUAUAAAUUUCUCAAACGAGACGGCAAAGCGAACGGUUUUCAGAAGAUAUGUCUUGUCAAAACACUUCCAAACUUUAUGAUAUGCUUUGCUUUCUUGUUAUGGGUUGUUCCAGUGACUGCUUUGGAUCUAACCUACAGUCAACUGCCAUACAGAUUGAACAGUAUUGUUGGUAGUCUGGCUGGCUCCUGGGCGUAUCUUUUCACUCCUUUCCUACAAGUUAGUCUCUCGUGUAAUAGAUUUUAUGUGCUUUAUUUUCCAUUUGGUAUAAAGAUUUUAAAACGAGUGCCAGUAACAAAUAUUUCAAUUGGAUCUUCCAUUCUUUUAGUAACAUGCGUUUGUUCUGUUGGAUUGCAAGAAACUUGCGGUUACGUCUACGAUCCUAAUUACUUCACUUGGCGUCCAGAGGGUCUUCCGUGUGCUGAUAAAUUAUCAGAAGUUAUUCUCUUCAUGAUAUUUUCAAUUACUUUCACUUCAAAUGCAUUCAAUGUUGGCACUGGAGCACGUCUUCUUGUCAACAAAAUGGUUGGAAUGAAUCGAGAAGAAGCAAGUCGGAGAAGAAAACGAUGGAUGAUCAUGUUCACCCAGAGUGUGAUUCAAGAUUGCUUGCAUUUAGUUGAUAUCAUUAAUGCAACAUAUAUCUGGAAAUUGAGUGAAGAGCUCUGGUUUCAGUUUCUAUUUUUGACAUUGUCAUUUAUUAUUAUUUACACAUUGGAUGGAGUGGUGAUGUUUAUUUUCAAUUCUGAUAUUCAACCUGCAUGGUUUCGAAAAGUGAUUCAAAUGCAACCAGCGAGGAGUAGUAAUGUGAUAAUAGUUGCUUCGAAAGCAUCAACUUCGAAUACGAAUCAAAUGUCUUAA